CCAUCCAACCCCUGGCUAUGGAGCCGCCUCUCUCUCACUCACUCUCUCACUCUCUCUCACUCACUCUCUCACUCCUCCGUCCCUCCUUAGCAACAAGUGGGACUCGCGAAACGAUACGCCCCUGCUACCUGCAGACUCUCCAACACGUGCCUUAAACUUUAAACUCAUCAUCGACCCCCGUCAUGACUGUUUGGAUGUACUCAUGAAGUUUUAACGGACACCUCCAUCCUUUGUGUCCCCCCGAGAGACCGUGAUUUGACUUUGUUGGAGUGUUCGAGAACAUGUGGAUACAGAAAAACCAUGUUGUUACGGGGAUUUGAAAGACGUGUUCAACAUGGCGUUCAAUAGCUCGGGUCACUUCUCCACCAAUCUGACGCCGCUGAGCGGAAGCGGAAGUAGAAACCACAGCAUUCUCAACCCCGAGUCGUCUCAGUUCUAUGUGGCCAUUAGACGUUUGCAGACUGUCAUGCUUCCGCUGAUCUGUGUGUUCGGCCUAGUGGGCAACAGUUUGGCCGUUCGGACCUUCCUGGUCAAGUCUCUACGGUCGUCCUCGUGUUCGUUGUACCUGGCGGCAAAGUGCACAUCUGACAGUGGCUUCCUGCUCUCCCUGCUGGUCAUCUGGCUCUACCGAGUGGGCGUGCAGCUUUUCAAUAUGCAGGGCAUCUGCCAGAUGACCGUGUUCCUCACCUACACGUGUGGAUUCAGCUCGGUCUGGUUCGUCACCAUCAUCACGUGCGAGAACUACAUCCGCAUCGCCCACCCCACCAAGGUGGUCACGUGCUGCACGGCGUCCCGCGCCAAAGUGGUCAUCUCUGCGGUGUUUGCCGUGGCCGGGGGUGUGAACGCCUUCCCUCUGUGGACCAGCCGCGUCAUCACCACCAAGGUCCCCAGCGGGGGCAACAACCAGACGAGCAGCGUCACGAUGUGCAUGGCUUUGAAAGACUACCAGAACCUGGUCAUCGCCAUGACCUACGUGGACACAGUGUUCACGCUCAUCCUACCGUCUCUCAUCAUCUCCAUCAUGGUACUGGCCAUUGUCCAGAGCGUCCUGCGUUCUCUGAAGAGACGGAAGCGUCUACGAGCCGGCACGCAGAGGGCGCCGGGAAUACGCCGCACAACGACGCCACAGGCCAAAAUGACACGCUUCCUGUUCGCCAUUUCGGUGAUAUUUCUCCUACUCCACACUCCCUCCCACGCUAUCCGUCUCAAAAUGAUGAUCGAGACAUACGCUUUCAACCAGCAGCCUGGUUUUAACGAUCACAUUUUCCAUAGGUCCUUUGAGCUGCUGUAUUACCUAAACUUCUGCAACAACGUUGUGGUUUAUCUCGUCUUCGGGGAUAAGUUCAGAGAAAUAUUCUCCAUGGUUUUCUGUGCUCGCCUCAAGAGAAAUCAGUCCGAAGAGAUGCAGACAGAGUGCCGGAUGCUAGUCGUGCAUGCUGAUGGCACGGAGACGAUAGCACUUCGAGAUGGAGACAAUGGCAGAGAGAAAGAGGGUGACAACCACUGAAUUAACUCAGUUAACACACCAGGAAUGCAAUGAUGGCUUAAUGCCGGAAUUCUGAUGAUUAUAAUGUUUGUCCUCAGCCUUCUUUAUCACAAUAUUAUGUUUAUAACAGUGGGAAUGCCUACUUCCUAAAGUCAUCAAUAAAUUAUAUUAUCGAACCUAUCUGAAAGUUGUGAAAAUAAAACUGCUCAGAUAAUUAAUUGUCUAGUCAUGGUCUUGUGGUGUGGGGGGGGGGGGGGGGGGGGGGGUCGGGUUUUGCGACAAGUGACUAAGCCACUGCAGUGAGCUAAUCACUUCAUGGAGAAAAAGACUUUUUGCGUUAACCUAUGAACCCGCGAAGGUACACAUAAUAUAAGCAAAAUUGGAAGAAAA